GGCAGCCAAAUUGAGCAGUUAGUGUGACGUUUAUCUGGCACGGGACCGGCGGAGGAUUAAUUCCACCGGCUGCGCAAUCAGGGAUGGGUCAGAGGUCACCUCUUCACGCCUCCGUUCCUGAGGGGGCUGCGAGAUUUGGAGAGGCUCACGCGUGGCCGCCCUGUUCUACCGGCAGUCGCCAGGAGGUUAACGAUGGGGGUAGGAAGGCAGACUCGGCUGGUCCUGUUGGUGCUGUGUGUGGGAGCCUUGUGGUCGGGCCCGUCUCAGGGGACACCGCACCGCAAGGAUCCCCCCGACGGGCGCGGGGAGAGGGAGGCCCGCCCGGCUGGCAGGGGAGACCCGGUCGGCAGAUCGGACAGGCAGGACCGGGCGCUGUGGGACGUGGUGGAGGCGCUGGAGUGGACCGUGGACUUCUUCCGGCGGUCUUACCGGGACAUCAACCUGGACGGACUGUACGGGCUUAGGAUAGCGGAAGGGCAGCUCGGGCUGAUGCUGGAAGCGGUUGAGGACGGCUCGGUGCACCACACAGUCCGACACGUCAUCCACAGGCUUGGGCGCAUCAAGGUCAGGAUAACGCGCAUAUCCCAUCAUGCACUGCACAUGCUCAGGUCACGUGAUAUGGAGUACUUCCGGAAGUUCGAAGCGGUCGUGAAGGAGCCGUUCCUUCUGAGGACUCCUUGGAAAUACCUGAGGACAGACGGUGAGGAACAGCGAGAGGAGACCAUGACGGAAACAUGGUUCCCUGGGAAUCUGAGCGACCAUUGUCUGGCUGAGGUCACGGGUGGACUUAAUUCUGAGAAACACAGAGACAGGAAAUGCACCGUGAGUGAGAGGUGUUGGCGGUUCAUCACGGCCUCCCACACGUCAGGCUACACGCUGUCACAUCAGAUCCUAUGGACCAUCCUGGGAGAACACGUCAGCGAUAAGUCGCCUUAG